AUGAAAAGCGCAGGGCAUGACUGUACGAUGGGAGAGGUUCGUUCUGUAUGGAGAAAUUUGAGGGAUACCCGUAAAAGAAAAAGAAAAUACCACACAGGAUCACCUGGAGAAAAUCCCUGGAAGUAUGACUCAAUGAUGGCAUUUCUAGAUGAAACGGAGUUUGAUGGAACGACGACAUCCAAUUUGGAUGACAAUGGAAACUUUCUAACUAUGAAUGAAAAUGACGACACGCCUCAAACAAUGGAACCAGAAGAAAGACCACGUCGAAAGAAAGAGAAAAAAAAGACGAAGCCAACUGACGCUGUGAAAUCGUCCAUUAAAAUCGCGGAUAGUGGUACUGCACCAGAAGGAGAAGAAGAACAAAAGGAUGCGGCUCAAAGAGCCCUCCGCGUUCAAGCUCAUGGUAUCCAUGAUGGAGACAGCUAUUCGCAUUUCGGAGCUGUAGUUGCGCAUGAGCUGCAGAAGCUGGAUUCACCCACCGCUAGACACAAAAUGUACAUGAUUUCUAGCGUCCUACUAAUGAACGCGUCAGUGGUAAUCAAUUUGGAUGACAUGCACACCACCGGUUAG